GACCACACAAAUUUCUGAUUAGUUAUACAAUUAAUUAAGCUAAACCAGCGAAAUGCAGCCUGAUUUAACUAAACCGGAAAUAACCCACUCCAAUAUAUUGACUUCUUCAUGUGGAAGACACUGAUUUCGAGACACUGAUACCUCCUACUCCGCUGCAGAGGUUCCAAAUCCCACCGAGCACGAUGACCACAAUGCUCACUUUACUAUUCUCAACAGUGACUGUGGCGAUUAUCGCGAUCCUUUCAUCGAGUUCCCAAAUCGGUUUCGGAAUCUUCGCACCGCCUGAAAUCGCCGGCUCGCGUGAUGUUUUCCCGUCGGCGAGGGUGAUAAACGUCACGGGAGCCUCCGGUCCGGAGAGUGUAGCUUUCGAUCCAGCAGGGGAAGGUCCGUACGUUGGUGUCUCUGACGGUCGGGUCCUGAAAUGGCGCGGAGAAUCGCUUGGAUGGACGGAUUUCGCUCACACAGCCGCUAAUAGGAUUCAGAGAGAAAAGAGCAUUCUUUUGUUAACUUUGUUGAACUCUAAAGCGAUCAAUUUGCUUUUAUCAUGCGUUGUGGUAGUCUCUCAGAGGCAGUUGUGCGUUAGGCCAUUUGCGCCAGAGCUGGAGCAUGUGUGUGGAAGGCCAUUAGGAUUGCGUUUCGAUAUGAAAACCGGAGAUCUUUACAUUGCGGACGCUUACUUUGGCCUUCUUAUCGUUGGUCCUGCUGGUGGUUUAGCCAAACCGCUGGUUACAGAAGCUGAGGGUCAAAGGUUUACUUUCACUAAUGAUUUGGACAUUGAUGAGGAGGAAGAUGUGGUUUACUUCACAGAUACCAGCACCAGAUUCCAGAGAAGGCAAUUCUUGGCUGCUGUUUUGAACUUUGAUAAGACUGGAAGGUUGAUCAAGUAUGACAGAUCAAGCAAGAAAGUGACGGUCUUACUACAAGGCGUUGCAUUUGCAAACGGCGUUUCACUAAGCAAAGACCGGUCUUUUGUAUUGGUGGCCGAAACAACCACUUGCAAGAUCCUAAGGCUUUGGCUCUCUGGUCCAAACGCAGGAACCCAAGACGUGUUUGCUCAGCUUCCGGGUUUCCCGGACAACAUCAGAAGAAACUCAAAAGGAGAAUUCUGGGUCGCUAUACACUCAAAGAAAGGUCUCUUCGCGAAACUCUCACUCACUCAAACUUGGUUCAGAGACUUGGUGCUGAGACUUCCGAUCAGUGGCCCGCGCCUGCACUCUCUGUUCACUGGAGGUCCUCAUGCAACAGCUUUGAAGCUGAGUGAACCAGGAGAGGUUUUGGAGGUGCUUGAAGAUAAAGAAGGAAAGACACUGAGGUUUAUAAGUGAAGUGGAGGAGAAAGAUGGUAAGCUUUGGAUUGGUUCUGUUCUCAUGCCGUUUCUUGGUGUUUAUGAUUUGUAGUUUUCUGCGUUGUUGAGACUUUAUUGUCUUUGCGUUGUUAUCAUUUUAAAUGUCCCAACUAUGUCUACGUACACGUUAACUCUUUUUCGUUCGUUUUGGACGUCCUUUUUGUAUUCAAAAUUAGUGUCGGUAGUGUUUGCAAAUUUAAGUACUCUGUAGAAAUAUUAAUAAAACAGAAAAGUUUAUAAGGCAAAUUUUGAAACCGGUGAAAGAUAUAAUGAAUAUGGUGUACAGUACAG